AAUCCGAUGGUUGAUUUUUCCACAAGAAAAAUGCCCAAAUUUUAAGGUUAAAGCAAUUUAGUAGGAUCACGUGUGGACAGUAAUUCUGUAAUGCUAUAAUAAACCUAAGUAAGAACAUCCACACAGUAUUUUUCAUUGGCUUAACUAAAUUUGUUAAAAUAUAAUUUAGCUUAAUUUCAGCUUCCUUAUAGAGGUACAGCAGGUUUUUACCUGCAAACAGCAUCUCCUUGUCUGGAUGGAGACUGCACUUACUCAUUUUGCUGCUCCGAGUGCAUGACAGCAUGUUAGCAGUUAUUACUGAGCUUGGCUGAGACCUGCAUUUUCUAUUCAGUAACCCUGAUGAGUCCCUCUGUUUGGAUGUGUAAUUAUUUUCUCCAUGCUUCUCUUUAAUUAUGUUCUUGAAACACGGUGGUAAUGCACUGUAGGGUAUAUUUUACACACGUAUAUAGAUCAGAAUGUAUGUUAUUCAAACUUUGCUGCAUUAAUCUUUUAGGUCCAUUUCUGCUCAAAAGUGCACUCUUGUUUCUGAUGAUCAUAGGAGCUCACUAACGUUUCGGGAGGGUUACAAUUCACAUCUCUAAUUCAGUGAUGUAUGGUGAGCUGUCAGUGCAGUUCCCUUAUUACAUGCCAUGGCUGGACGGUGACAGGAGAAAAAAUGUUCUAAAAAGAAGAGUUGUAUGAUUUAACGUUAGAAACAUUUCCGAGGGAGAGGAGUAUGCCUUUUGUGAUCAGCAGCCGUGUCAUGUGCUAAAUGACUGUGUUAAUAUGUAAGUCUGUUUACCUGCUCAGACUCCCACAGUUGCAUUCACCACUGGUAUAGGGAGCUCUGGUGGAGUUACACCCACUCAUGCCAGCAGCGAAUUUGGCUGAGAGGCCCUAUUCCAGUGCCAUCAAAACACUGAUGCUGAAGCCAAGCCUUUCUGGAUUACAUUUUUUAAAAGUACCACCCUGGUUACUUUUUUCCAAAAGGUAAAAACUGCAGCUUAUUGCAAGAAAUGGAUGUCAUCCAGAAGCAGGAUGAAAGCUGUUACUGCUAUGUGCAAAACAGAACCAUGCACUUACAGUACCUGUGGUCGACUCUGCAGAUAAAAGUUAGCAGCAGAGGAAAGUUCCGGUUUGAGCCUAUUUCAGAAAACAACAACUGUCGGAAUUCAGAAACUGUUCUUGAGUUUGCUGCUUGUGCUGUUCAAAUCCUCUGGAAGCCAGAGACAAGCACAGAAAGUGUUCUGAGCAUCAAACAAUAUGGAGAGGAUGUUUGCUUCAAAAUACAACCCUUCAAAAUUGAACCGUACAUCGUGAGGGUGAAAAGAGAAAUGCUAGAUGGAAAGCUCUUGUUUUUGUUUGUAGCUGGAAUUUUUCUGUUCCAUUUUGCAAACAGCCUGAGCAGGAGUGCCAAGUUCUUUUAUCUGUCUGGAAUAAUACUGGGUGUUCUUGCUCUCCUAGUCUUUGUCCUGCUGACACUUAAAAGGUUUAUUCCAAGGCACAGUACCUUCUGGAUUUUAAUGAGUGGCUCCUGGAUGGUCUCCCUCUAUUUUAUUUACUGCUUCAAAGAGAAUAUACAGUGGUUGUGGUCUGAACACAAAAGCUACCUGUUGGGGUAUUUUCUGGCUGUUGGGAUUACCAGCUUUGCCAUUUGCUAUCAGCAUGGGCCGCUGACCACAGAGCUCAGCAUAACCUUGUUCACAUGGACGCUCCAAUUCACAGCCUUUGUCCUGAUCUACUUUGGUGUCACCAUCCCUCAAGUUGCAUAUGCAGUCAUAGCAGUCAGCCUCUGCUCCAAAGGCCUGUGCUACCCCCUGGGUGCUGCCUGUCACAUCGCCAGAAAAAUGAAGCAUCACUUUAAAUCAAAAAAAAUGGUGUUUAAAUACCUCACUGAAGAGGAAUAUCGAGAACAAGGUGAAAGUGAAACUAUCAGAGCUCUGGAGGAGCUGCGCUCGUUCUGCAGAAGCCCUGACUUCCCAUCGUGGAUAGCUAUAUCCAAACUCCAGGCCCCACACAGGUUUGCAGCUUUUGUUCUGGGAUCUCCCCAUGUCUCACCUGCAGAAACAAAGGCCCAUGAUGAGCAGUUUGGCAUUGGGAGCCCCUUCCUGGAAGAGCAGCUGUUUGAGACAUGGGCACAGUCUGAGCAAGAUGAGCCAGCCAAUUCUGUCCAUGAAGAAGAUGAGGAGAAUGAAAGUGAAAUGCAUACACAAAUUCCAUUUCCAUAUGCUACGGAGCUGCUUUGAGAAAUAAUAGCAAAAAAAAAGAGACAGAAAACACACUUGUCCUAGAAAGAGAGGAUACAGCGUAGGAACUCAUAUACUUGGCCUUUUCUUGUGGUUGCUGGUGGACUAAGAAGGAUUUUUGAACAAACUGUUUCCUGUAUCACCAAUAUUGCCUGAUUAGAGCAAGAAAACCAUAGAAGCUGUUUAAGUGAAGAAGAAUCUCAUGCUGUGGGUAUUUUCACUGGGGAAACAAACAUUGUGUAUUUCCAAGGCAAGUACUGGAGACUGCCUGUCCACCAGAAUGCCGCCUUUUACCAAGGACACUACCUCUAGUAAACAGAAUCUGUUUUGGCCCUUUCCAUCAUCAAGUCCUCUGUGCUGAGCACUUGAGGGAGGAAAAGCCAUUUUUAAUGCUCUUUUUUUACUAAGUACCUUCUGUGUCAACACUUCUGAUAAUGCUGUUAGAGGUCGAUAAACUGUGUUUGUUGUUUGUGAGACUUUUCAGAGAGAGCUAACGCAGCUGAACAAGGUUUGUUUCCUCUUCUGGCUGGGCUUGUCUAUUAGCUUCAUCCUGCCUCUGCCUUUAGUUUUAAGCUCCCUUUGCCCCUCAGAAUGCUGUCUGACUUUUCACCCUCUGCCCAUAUUAUUCUGUUUUUGAUCUCUGCUGUAGUUAUACUGCAUUUUGUUCUUUCCAAGUCUUUGUUUAUUUACAUACUUUCUUCCCUCUUGUUCAGAUCUUCUGCUAAACCUUUCUCUAGCCCUCUGCUUCUCCACCUCUAACAGUGCAGAUGGCUUAGGAGAGGUUUUCCAUCCCCAAACAUUUUUGCUAUUGCCUCCAGUUUCCGUGUCACAUUACCUCAGGCGGGUGCUGUUGUCUCUUCCAGGCCUCUCAAGAGCCCCAGAAAGGCCACAAAGGCUGAGGCUGUUUCAGCUGCUUGGAAAAACUGCUAUUAGCAGGGCCAGAGUGCUGCAGUGUGCCUGGAACUGGCCUCAGAGUACUCACUAGUUUGUUCACUGAGUAAGAAGCACAAAAUCAUUCCUGGCAAAUAAAUGAGGGAAGAUACCUUGCUUUCACCUUCCCUUUCUCAGCUGUCUGUGGGACUUCUCACAGGAG